AAAGUACUCAGCCAACUCAUACAUGUCUGGCCUGAUAAAAUAUUUAAAUUUCGACAUUUGAGUAACUGAGGGAAACUUUUAUUAUGUAAGUGCUUCUGACGGAAGCUGUUGAAUUGCGUCAGUUGAGCUUGACUUCCUACCGUGUCUUAACGCCGAGAGAAGGCCAUGGCUCGUGGGCAACAGAAGAUCCAGUCUCAACAGAAGAACGCCAAGAAAGCAGCUGAGAAGAAGAAAUCUCAAGGAGCGGAUCAGAAGACUGCAGCCAAAGCAGCACUGGUCCACACCUGCCCUGUCUGCAGGACGCAGAUGCCAGAUCCCAAGACGUUUAAACAGCAUUUUGAAAGCAAACACCCAAAGUCUCCUAUGCCUCCUGAGCUGGUGGAUGUUCAAGCUUAAAGGACACAAUAAACCGACAUGGACCUAAAACAGGGACCCUGGGGAAUGAAACAACAUGAUUUGAUUCUGCCGACUAACUCAACUUGCUGUAUUUCACAAAUAUGGACCAUGUGGACAGAGAUCUUAGGAUGGACUCAAGCACACCAGCACACUUUUUUUUUAUAUUUUUAUAUGUGCAUAUUGCUUUCAUCUUUUCCGAGUGUGCUGUGACCUAACAGUGUCAUUGCCAUGUGCUGUAAUAUUUAUUCACCACUUUCCCAAUGGAGCUUUGUCCCUGUAAAGUAUGAUUUUAAAAUAUUAUUAGGUGCUUCAAUCCAUAAAAAUGUGUGUGCCCUGAUCUUUUAACUGUGAACCAAAAUGGAAAGGUGCACCACUCUGUGUAUUAUUAAUAGUAUUGACCAGGAUUGGGAUUGAGAUGCAUUUAUUGACAUGCUUAAAAUGAUCACAAAUGCGGUAAAUUUGCACCUGUUCAAAUAAUCAAAAUAAUGAGUCGGGACCCACGACAAGCUUUUGUUACUUUGUUUUCUAAAGUUUUCAAUAAAUGUAUAUGCAUAUA